ACACGGCCAUGUUCAGCACUCUCCGGUAGUUCCUGUGCUUGGGGCAAAAUUUGGAAAUGGCUUUCCCUCGCUAAUUUCUGGCGUGUAUACGCGGGGAGGGCGCCGGCGCAUGUGACCGGGAAGAGAGAAGCCGUCAGCCGGGGCCGAUUCAGUAAGUGAAAUCGCAGAAAUCCCGGCAAUGUGGUUGGUGGGAAGAAGCACCUUCUUCUCUUUGCCCCGGCCUGCAGUUGUUUCUAUCAGAACCCUAAGUUCGAUAUCGCUUUCGCGCGAGCCUCCACCGUGCGCAGCAUUUGAUGAUGCGGAGUUCUUGCCAUGGCUGCGGAGAAAAUCGGGCGUCGAGAUAUCCUCUUCGCUCAAGAUCGGGCGCUCGGAAUAUGGAAGGUCGUUGUUUGCUUCUAGGUUCAUAGAAGGAGGAGAGUGUAUCCUGAAGAUUCCUCAUAAUGCUCAGAUUACACCUGAUAAAAUAUUUCCACGGUUUAAUUCUCUACUGGGUGAUAAUGUUAGCGAUAUUGGAAGGCUUGCUUUAAUUCUUCUGUCUGAAGAAAAGCUGGGUUUGGCAUCAGAUUGGGCUCCAUAUAUUGCUUGUCUCCCUCAGAUGGGCAAGUUGCAUUGUACGAUCUUCUGGAAUAAACAAGAAAUGGAAUUGCUUAGAUCAAGUUCUGUAUUCCAUGAAAGUGUUCAGAAUAGAAACUGCAUUAAGAAGGAAUUCUUGGCACUGAUAUCGGCUUUGAAAGACUUCACUGAAAUGACUGGAUCCCUUGAGCUUGAAAAGUUUAUGCAUGCAUAUGGUGUAGUUGGAUCUCGUGCAUGGGAUGCAACUAAGCAGGGACUGUCAUUGAUUCCAUUUGCAGAUUUCUUUAAUCAUGAUGGUUAUUCUGAAGCAUGUUUACUCAGUGAUGAUGACAAAGAGGUCUCAGAGGUUAUUGCUGACCGGAACUAUGCCCCUGGUGAGGAGGUUGGAUCAGUCCUCAUAAGCUAUGGAAAGUUCUCAAAUGCUACACUCUUGUUAGAUUUUGGGUUUACACUUCCUUAUAAUCCCUAUGACCAGGUUCAGCUUUGCGUGGGUUUACCACAAUAUGAUCCAUUGUUCAGCAACAAGGUUGAGUUGUUGCACAGGCAUAACAUGCCAACCACUUCAGAUACCACUGGGCCUGAUGGUGCUAGAAGUUCAUUCACAAUCAAGGCAGUGAGGUCUACUGAUGGUCGUGGUUUUCCUCCACCUCUUCGAGCUUUUGCUCGUGUUCUUUCAGCUACUACGUGUCAAGAGUUAGAGAAUAUGGCUGCAGAAGCUGUUAAGAGGGAUGGUCGACUGGCCCGGUUUCCUCUUGGAGACAAGAACAAGGAAGUUAUUUCACACCGCUUCUUGCUAUCAAAGAUUACAGAUCUCAUUGAGGAACAUAUAUCUGCUAUUUCGUUACUCGACACAAAGUGCAUCGGUUGCUACCAAUUUCUUCAUCGAAGAAAGCUUGCUAAGGAUCUUCUCAAUGGUGAACUACGAAUUUUACAUUCAGCGGCUUCGUGGCUGACACAUUACUGCAGUACAUUAUCCGCUUGAGUCUGUCCUGAAUUUUUCAAGCUUCCUCUCUGAACAUAUUCUUUGAUUGACAAUUGCCUCAUUGAAUGAGGUUACAUGGGAAGCCAUGUAUUUAAAUGUAUAUCAAUUUGUAAUAUUUGGUGAGGUGUACAGUAAUCAAUUUGUUUUAGAUUAGAUAAUCAUUCGUUCUCCUUUCA